GAAAAACGUGAUCGGUUAACUGGAUCAGUUCCUUCACCACACUUCACUCUCACUUAUGGCGGCUCCUGUGAUUCUCAAAGGCAUCCCGCUGCUCCGGAUUCGGGUGGAACGGUACAACCGUCUCUCCGCCGAGAUCGUUUCGUCUCCUCGACGCCUUUGGCGUGCCGCUGCAGAGUCGACUAAGCACCAAGAGGAGGCAUCAUCUGCGGAGAAGAGUAGUUCGGUGCUGACCGUGAGGGAUCCACCGAAGUACCAUAGGUGGGAUGAUCCUGAUUACAGGAAAUGGAAGGAUAAGGAGGAAGAGAUUCUUCGAGACAUCGAGCCUAUCAUUUCUCUAGUUAAAGAUAUUCUUCACUCUAAUAGAUAUAUGGAUGGGGAACGUUUAACUGUUUCAGACGCGGAAACUGUGCUAGAGAAGCUUCUUUGUCAUCACCCACAUUCUGGAGAUAAAAUUGGAUGUGGACUUGAUUCUAUUAUGGUUGAUCGACAUCCUCAAUUUAGAAACUCAAGGUGUCUCUUUGUUGUUAGAACUGACGGUGGUUGGAUAGAUUUCUCAUACCAAAAAUGUCUCCGAGUAUACAUUCGAGAUAAAUACCCAUCUCAUGCAGAAAGAUUUAUUAGAGAACAUUUUAAACGCGGUAGUGGCUAAAAUGUGAAAACAUAAUGUUAAUUGCACUUUUUAAGUAAGAUUUUGGUAUCACUGGAGAUAUUUUAAUAUU